GGAAGGAUCAUUGUGAUGAUUGUGAUGCUGAGAGAGUAGAGACCUGUUUAGUAGUUGGUAGUCAAGGAAAUUAAUAUUUGUUGGUAAUAAUGUAUUCCUGCGGUCCGUGGCGGUCCGCGCCUACAGCUGGUCAUAGUGGCGUGAUUUAAUUUAAGAUCGUAGUGUACGGUAAUGAAUAGCAGAGUCAUUCUGAUAGUGCUUUUAAACGUUUUAAUGGAGGCAUCAUUCUUUGAGCGUUAAUUACUAUAACGUAAAUGUGAUCUGUACAAAUUCUGCAUUUUUUUUAAAAUUUCUUUGCAUAUGAAACUUACGGCUUUGUUUAAGUCAUUUCUGGUAGGAAUUCCUAUUGGAAUAACUUUCCUGGAUACUGUGGGAUAUGUUGCAAGAGUGGAAGGUAUUUCAAUGCAACCCGCCCUUAAUCCGGAGGCACCGGUGACAGAUUAUGUUCUUUUGAAUAGGUGGUCAGUUAGAAGUAGUGAAAUAUCACGAGGAGAAGUUGUAUCUUUGGUUUCUCCCAAAGAUCCAGGCCAGAAAAUCAUCAAAAGAGUUGUUGGAAUAGAAGGUGACCUGAUAUCAACAAUAGGAUAUAAACAAUCAUUUAUUCGAGUACCAGAAGGACAUUGUUGGGUUGAAGGUGAUCAUACGGGACAUUCUAUGGAUUCAAACUCUUUUGGACCAGUAUCUUUAGGCCUCGUGACUGCAAAAGCAACCUUCAUUGUCUGGCCCCCACAUCGUUGGCAGACUUUAAAACCUGAAAUCCCAAGAGGGAGAAAACCAGUAAAUAUGUCAUGAUUGUGAAUAUAUGUGUGACAUA